AUGGCAGACCUUAAGUUGUCCACAGACAUCUCAUCGAGUCCGAGGAAGAGCGUCGAUGCUGCGCCGGAGAAGAGCCUCGAUGCCGAUGAGCUUCGUCUGGCCCAGAUGGGCCACACCCAGGAGCUGAAGCGUCACUUCAGCACGCUCAGUCUCAUCGGCCUUGCAUCAACGACAACAAUUUCCUGGACCGGCCUGGGUCUCGGCCUCAUCACUGAGAUUAACGCCGGUGGCCCGGGCGCCGUCAUCUACGGCUUCAUCCUGGUGACUCUGCUGCAGUGCUUCCUCGGCGCGUCCCUAGCCGAGUUCGUGUCGUCGUACCCGACCGAGGGUGGCAUGUACCACUGGAUCGCCGCCGUCGCGCCCAGGAAGUUGACGGGAGUGUUGAGUUUCUUCACCGGAUGGUUCAGCGUACUUGGCUGGAUCUUUACGACCGCCUCGACGAACCUGAUCUACGCCCAGGUCCUCAUGGCCCUGAUUGCGGUCUACCAUGGCGACCUUGAGAUCCAAGCAUGGCAGACCUUCCUCGUCUACCAGGGACUCAACCUCAUCACGGCCGCCAUCGUCAUGUUCGGCAACAAGAUCAUCCCCGGGCUGAACAAGUUCUCGCUCUUUUACCUUCAGAUCGGCUGGUUUGUCGUCAUGGUCACCGUCGUUGCAUGCGCGCCCACCCACCGCAACACCGAGUUUGUGUUCCGGACGUGGAUCAACAACACAGGCUGGGAGAACCAGGUGGUCUGCUUCAUCACUGGUUUGGUCAACCCUCUGUACAGUCUUGGUGGACUUGAUGGCGUUACGCACAUCACGGAAGAGAUGCCCAACCCGUCGCGCAACGCGCCUCUUGCUAUUGCUAUCACGCUCUGCAUCGCCUUCGUCACAGGUAUCACCUACCUGAUCUGCCUCAUGUUCUCCGUGCAGGACUUUGACGCUCUUUCCACGACCAACACCGGUCUGCCGCUUGCCGAGCUGUUCCGCCAGGUUACACAGAGCGCUGGCGGAGCGUUUGGUUUGACUUUCAUUCUCUUCAUUGCCCUGGGCCCUUGCGUUGUCAGCUCCCAGCUGAGCACUGGAAGAGUAUUCUGGGCCUUCUCCCGAGAUGGUGCCAUGCCCUUCUCCAAAGUAUGGUCGAAAGUCCACCCUAAGUGGCAGAUCCCCAUGAACUCCCAACUGGCUGUCACCGCCGUCGUAGCGGCGCUCGGAUGCCUCUACCUCGGCUCCUCGACUGCCUUUAACUCUCUUCUUGGCACCGCCGUCACCAUCAACAACAUCUCCUACAUGUUCCCCAUCGUCACCAAUCUCCUCACAAAGCGAAAGAACAUGCACCACGGCGUAUUCCACAUGGGUCCUACCCUGGGCCCCAUCGUCAACGGCGUUACUGUAUGCUGGCUGACGUUUGCCAUUGUGUUUUUCUCCUUCCCCUACGUUAUGCCCGUGGAGCCUGCCAACAUGAACUACACUUGUGUUGUUGUUGGUGGACUCACCGUUUUGGUUGGAGCUUGGUGGUUCAAGGUCGGCUCGCAAUACAGCGAGAAGAUGCUCCAGGCAAAGGAGGAGUAA